AUGAAGUACGACCCGUUCUAUCCGCAAAGAAAUCACCACUUCUGCUACAUGUUUUCGGUUUUAACUGUCAAAGCACACAUUCCCCUUGGGCACUGGGCUUCUGUGGCUGUCUAUAAUAACAGACAGGUUGCUUACUACUGUAAUAAAGAUAAAAAAUGGAUAAAAGAGAGACGGACUAUAGAUGAACCAAAGGAUUCUAGAGACUGGUACCUCUAUCAAUUAAACACACUGUCAAACUGCACUGUCUCGCAGUGUUCUGAGCUCCAUGUUCUUCAGAGAAUAAUUGGUUGUGAACUGGUGAAUUUUCCUAAUGGAACAGUGACGAGUCUGAGAGCGUUUGAUGAAUAUGGAUUUGAUGGAGAGGAUUUUAUUGCCUUUAAUUCUUACACUCUGCAGUGGAUUGAUAAAAACCCCAAAGCCAAAGAAACCAAAAUCAAAUGGGAUCAGCAAACAAAACGAAACCAAUUCAUAAAGCAAUACCUAAACGACUGCAUGACCUGGAUCUCCACAUUAAACAACACAAAAAAGACUCCACCAGAUGUUCGUGUGUUUGCGAGGAAAGCUCCUGAUGAUCACAGUAAGCUGGUUCUGAGCUGUCUGGCCACUGCUUUCUACCCCAGAGAUAUUGAGAUGAACAUCAGAUUGAACAAAAUUAACACUGAAAACCAAAUAUCAUCUGGAAUCAGACCAAAUGAUGAUGGAUCCUUUCAGAUGAGAGUCAGUGUGGAGAUCGACAGAAACCACAAAGGAUCUUAUGACUGUCAGAUCAUUCACAGCGGUCUGACAGAACCAGUGACAGUAGACUGGGGGCAGGCCAAUCAGGCUGCACCCACCCUUAAGACCCGUACCACCCUUGGGGAGUCGGACAGAGGCCAGGCAAGGACGACAGACAAGGCUUCAAGUAACACACGACAAGUCAGGACUCACAACUGGGAGGAGGCUACUGUAGGACCGUUCAGGUGCGUAUUUCUGGUGAUGUACUCCCUUCUUCUACAGAUGACAGGCAGAGGACUGACAGCUGAGGAGCUCCACUACCAAGCAGUCCGCCCCACUUCCUCUUCUCCACCGCUCACGCUUCCUCCGAGAUUCUCAGUGCCCAAACCAAGCCCCGCUUUAGUGCAUCCUCUCUCCUUUUAUCCUACCCUAAUGGCAACGUGUCCCAACGUGCACAGCUGCCGCCGAUUUCCGCUGAUCACCUCAUUCGCGGGGAUUUUCCACCUUGACAGCUGGAAUUUUGUCACCUCGUGA